CGUCCAGUAUCUGGCUCCAACUGCCUUGUAAUUGCACCGGUAGGGAGGAGUGUUUUUAAUGGAGUCCCCGCCUCAAGGAGCAAAACUGCCGUGACCGGCCGAACUCCAAGACUUAAAUGACAGCAACUAUCUCAGAAGCGUGUCCAUCAGUGGCAUAUCCAGACGUACACAUCAUCAAGAGAUGAUCCUUGCCAUGCAGAGAAAGGAAAAUGCGACGUUUUGAAGUGAAUGAUGUGGUAGAAAUGUUUGGUCACAUCAUCGAGUCGUGGUUCAUACCCUCGGGGGAGAACGCCGCCGCACUCGUUGCAAAAUUGAUGCAACUUGCUGCAAUAUUGAGCCUGCUGUACUCGGAUCAGUGUCAAAAACUCGCAGACCUAGCCAAGCCGUCAGAUGAAUGGAAUCAGUCUACGUGUGGCGCCUUCUUAAUGUUCCGUACCAAUGCUACACUCUUGGAACUACGAGGUUACUGGGAACGCUAUCUUCGCACGGAUCGCAUGUCUGAACAAAGCAAGCGGCGUCUCCAGACUCGCGGCCGCCGAGGACAGCUUAGUGUCAUAUCUUCAAUGUGCACUUACGGCACUGAUCCGAUACUACCAUUCCAUCUCGCCGCAACGGUGUCUGCCGUUUCUGACGAUUAUGAGCGGAUCCUGACUGCGGAGACGGUGGUAAUCUUGGCGAAGAUACAGCUUAAAGAGUGGUCGGGUGGCUUAGGACUGGAAUGCAAUCUUUGCAUCCGGCAGGCAAGGCAAUGGCAGGAACUGAAAUCGACAUUGGAAUAUGCGCUUUACCAUGAGAAAGAGAUUUAA